UGGGCUUCUCCACCACAUGCCUUUUGCCCAAAUCUCGUGGAUUCAUGCCCGCCUCAAUGCCGUUCUGGACAUACACAGAAAUCUCGUUCACUCUCGAGAUGAGGGCGCCUUUAUGAUUAAACUCCUUCUGGUCGCAGAUCCCACAACGUGAUUGGGGCAAUGAUCAUGACGACGAUGUUACAUCUACUCUUGUUCUCUGACCACCAAUAUGCCAGCGCUGGAGAUUCCGGGCGGCGCAUUCAAACCAGCCUCCACCGACAUUCUGGUGAUUCAAUCUCACAACUCGAUGGGCGGCUCAGGCAUCUCCCUGGCGUUCCUCCGCCACCCCACAACGCACAAAGGUCUCGUCGUCGAUUUACACGGUCAGAUCCGGGAGCUACCAGAUGUGGAAAUGGAGACUCUGGAGCGACAAGUACAGGACGCGCGGAGGUUGAUCGUGGACAAGUUUGGAGCCGGGACGAAGCCAGCGUGGAGUCGGCCGCAGAAUGAAUCUUGCCCUAGCGACCAGUUUUAUGAUCUGGGAACGCAAGACGGCGCACCUGGAGCACUCGAGACGUUUCAGCUAUCAGGACACGAGGUAUACGAGCCCGACGAGCCUGAUGCAGUCGUGUGCUAUCGUGACGGUCUGAAAUCUGUCGUGGAUGAGAUUCCCGGCGCGCUGGUUUCGCUGGAAACGACCAUGUACAAACUACAGCAAGAGCUGCUGCCAGCCUGGGACUGGUCGGCGACCUCUGGGAACGUGCAGGAAGACAUCCAGCAGUUAUUGACGGCUGUGGACUCAAUGGCCACGAUGAACUCAGCGAGCUUCUGGAGCUAACCUCUUGGUUAGUCCCGAAGGACGUCUACUACAUACAUCGAGUGAAGACCUUUCUCAAGUUAUAAGUCACAGUAUAAUCGCAUAUUGCGCCAUCCGUUCCCACAUCCUAAACCAGCGGCUCUGGACUCAUUUAGGUCGCUUGGACGGGCGGAUCACUCAGCUUGCUAGCGCCUUUUCCCUUUCUCUGAGCAUGUGCGAUCUAUCUGCACUUCUUCACGUAGAGUAUUCUAAGAGUGGAUCACACAGAGAGAGAGAGGAUAAGCGUUUAUGCCACCUUGCCCACACAAGUACGGACACUACUCGGUAGUACUUCUCCUGGGGUACAAAACAAGACGUCAUCCGCACCUCAUUGGAGAAUGACAUCCAUAAACUGGGGUUGAAAGCCGGCUGGCAUCAGAAUCGAGUCGCGGACGAUUGAAGUCUCUUUUGUCGCACCAACCCUCGACGUUCGACGCGCAUUACCACGCUCACUUGGGACAGAUUUUGCGUCGUCGCACAAGGUCAUCUCAUCACGUUCACCUCCAGCGGAAUCUGCUCCUCAGGAUCGGGUUCUCAUCCACUUCUAAUGCAUGAGAAAUGCGACAUUUUUUGCCUGCCCACUCCUGAGCUGGAAUCGACGAUGCAUGGAGCCGCGAGAUUCGCACACAGCGACAGAGAUCACAGAAUCAAAUCAGAGGUUCGUACUUGUGAACUGCUAACAUGUGUAAUAAAACCGAUUCGAGAAAGGGUCAGACGACUAGGAUGUGCCCUCAAACACGUGUCCAUGUCCAAGGCCCACGUUGAUCACUUUCUCGUCAGAGGCGGUGAGAGGCAUCGUGGUCAGUGUCAAGUGCGGGGGUGCAGUGUGAAGGAAGGGAAAGCGUAGACCGAUAGCUGCGGGAUGGUACAACGAGUACAAUUAUCAGGCCAUGUUUCGAUUUCAGCGCCACUCGAGGAUCAGUUGGGGCUGCCUUGAACGAGGGAGUCGCGAGGUGCACGUUUCGAUGUAUGAGAGAGGGAGAGCAACAUCGCCCCACUGGAAGCGCCCGAGGCUAGCACUGAGUGACUUGGAUUGAGUGCUCGUCAUCACCCCAUAGCCCUAAUCAGAUUGCGUUCAUCCGCUCAAUGCGGAACCAGGGGUCGUGGGCUGCUUGAAGAGGAAGUCGGCCUUGUAGGCGAGGAUAAAGACGUAAACCAGGAUACAGGUGCUAGAUCGGAUACGAGAGGCGGUGUGCACCCGUCGAUGCCUUGCGCAGUCCACGACGCAGUGCUGAUUGGGACACCUUUCUGAUAACUGAGGUAUUUUUGAAAAGAGAAGGGAGCGGUGUUUUUCGACAAAGAUCAGGCCUCUGUUGCCCAGUAGAGAACAAGAGCAUGGUGUGCUAGUGAAAACAGAGAAUUGGAAACGACAUCAGAGGCUGGAACUGUAUACCGGGCAUAAUGCGCCCCGCGCACUCCGCAUCGCCUCCACAGAAACUCCUGGCAGGGCCCUCGUGCUUUGUGCGUGUCCAUGGAUGUCGUGAAAUGUCGGAGAAGGAAAGGGAGAGGUUGCCGUGGCCGAGUCACUCCGCGUGUCAUCACAGUGACUCAGCGUAUGGCGGUCAUCUAACCGAGCAUUACAAAAACCCUGGUCGCUCUCUGACCACCGACAUAACACCCAAUAGUAAGAUGCAGCUCGAAUCACAAACACCUCUUCUUACGCCGCCUGUAUUCGAUAGCGACUUUCCCUCUGAGCUCAGUGACAUCUUCCACACCGAGCUGUUCGCGUCGCUACCCUCAACGUCCGCCCCUUCAUCCUCGCGCGGUACUAGCCCAAGCGCCUUCAUCUCGAUCCUACCGGGUCCUGAACCCAACGUCUACAUCGCUUCAAACACACUAGAUCCCCUUGACCUAGUCGAGGAACAGAACAAUGCCGCGCUGCGUGCUGAUCCCAGCCUCUCCCUGCCUCUCAUCCCGCCCCCAUACAACUUGUUCGCGGGCUCCUUGAACGGUAUUCACUCUACACCGUCGAUCUCUGCUCCUCGUUCUCUUCCCGACACUCGCCUCGUCUUCACCAUUGACCCACAGCUGGUCGAUUCGCCGGGUUCCGUCGCGUUCUCUGACUUCUCACCCGAACCCUUCUCCAACUCCGAGGAUGACGAGGCGGCAACUCAUCUCGUCAGAUCUGCGGUCCAAUUGAAGAACCGGAAGGGCACUGUUGUGGGCGGAGGGGUGAAGAAGGGGUCUCCGCCGCCUUCUUCGCGUCCCGCACCUACUAACAAAGAGAACCGUGCCACCUUCCGGGCCUCGAUGCUGCUCCCUCAACCUGAAGACGAAGAAGAAGACGAAGUUCCGGACGACUGGCGCCCACCGCCUGAAGUGUUUCAGAAAAUGACGAGCAAGGAGAAGCGCCAGCUGCGGAACAAGAUCAGCGCACGUAAUUUCCGUGUCCGGAGAAAGGAGUAUAUCUCCACUUUGGAGCAGAACAUCGCCGAACGAGACCAGGUCCUCACAGCCAUCUGCGAGGAGCUCGGCAGCGCAAAGAACGAGAAUACUGCUCUGCGGCAGGAGAUAGCGGCGCUCAAGCGGGCCUUGCUCGAGAGCCGCGGUCCCGCACAUACUGUCUUGCUGUCGCCACGCGUCCCGCUGUCACCGCCGAUUCGCGCACUAACGCCGUCCGCUGCACUGUCCUCCUCUCUCGCAUCAACAUCCAGUCAUCGUGCUUCCCUCCUGGUAACGCCGAAUGUGCGCAAGGAUUUGGCCGCCAACUCGAGGUUUUGGGGUGGUCUUUCAUCUCCGCUGGGCGGAGGCUUCACGAGCGUUCAUACUGUGACUGUUCCCGAGCUUUCGUUGAGUGUAUUUGCAGACAUGGACGGAAAGCUGGAUACCGCCCUCGAUGACACCAAGGCGUUGAUGCCGUGUAGUGCCUCGAGUCUUGGACCACGGAAUGGUGCACCACAUCUUAGAGGCAAUGCGCUCGGAGACGCAAAUUCCUCCGCUGUGGGCAACUCGGAUGCUCCUCACAUCCAUCUCUGGAAAGGCACGACUGCUCUGACCCUGCAUGCUCCAGAGCAUCAGGACAAGACCCACUCAGAGACUCCAGUUACAGUCAUCAAGCUUCCUACAGAGCCCAGGGCCAGUAAACAUCUCCAGCCUCCGUCAUCCACGGCCGAUGGUCUCUGGCAAGCCACGUCGUCCUUGUUAUUGUCCGGCAAGCCCAGUCUUCUUGGCCACCAGCAAGCUCUGGAGAACCACCAGGUCGAUGCUGAGGUGUUUGCUGCCUAUGCUGCGGUUGUUGGGAGCUAUUUCCUUCUAUCAAGCCUGGGCGGAGCAUUCUGGGAUGCGUUUACGGGACAUGAAGCUUCUGACGAACCCCGAUCGUUUCAUAGGAUUUGGACAGGUGAGAACGAUGUUAGAUGGCAGGGCGACUGUGAACAUCGUUGAUGCGAAACGUCGAAACCUGCCGGCGACGAUCCGCCUGUAGGAGAGUAUCCACUCUUCUAGUCUCGCUCAAUCGCUGUAUUGUUGUAACUCGUGCGGGUCGUCUGUGUAUAUGCUGUAUCUUGAUUCACUUGUACCGAAAUAUCGUAGUAUUGCUAUGUAUGAUAUGUAGCAUCCAGUUCGGUUGUGUGCCGUGCCACGGGUGGUUACGGUCGAUUUUGCUAAUGCCUACUCUGCCGUUCCAAGGUGCCGAAUCUCCGUAGCGCGGUAUCAUUUGUAUGACAGAACCAUUCUUAGGACAAGGAGAACAAUGGAACGUUAUGAGAUUUCA